UGGCUCCCGGGUCUGAGGGGCUCCUGCUUGUCAGGUUCUAGCUCAGUUCUUUUGCCUAGACCUAGGAUCACUUCCGUGAGACUUCACUGCACACUUUCUCAAGUGUCUUCCUCAGCCCUAAUGUGUAAUUCCUCACCAUGGACCUGCUGCUUUAGCUAAGGCACGGCCAGCAGUGCUAGUAGUAAGAUAUGUGCUGACUAGCAGGCUCACGUGCACAGUGUGGAGGACAAGCUGUAUUGCUGUAUUAUACAAAAUGGGAUUUGGGAGUGACCUGAAGAACUCACAGGAAGCUGUGUUAAAGUUGCAAGACUGGGAACUACGGUUGCUGGAGACAGUGAAGAAAUUUAUGGCCCUGAGAAUAAAAAGCGAUAAAGAAUAUGCAUAUACUCUACAGAAUCUUUGUAAUCAGGUUGACAAAGAAAGCGCCGUGCAAGUGAAUUAUGUCAGCAAUGUGUCCAAGUCUUGGCUACUGAUGAUUCAGCAGACAGAACAGCUUAGUAGGAUAAUGAAGACACAUGCAGAGGACUUGAACUCUGGACCCUUGCACAGGCUCACCAUGAUGAUCAAGGACAAGCAGCAAGUGAAGAAGAGCUAUGUAGGCAUUCAUCAGCAGAUAGAGGCCGAGAUGAUCAAGGUCACAAAGACAGAAUUGGAGAAAUUAAAAUCCAGCUAUCGACAGUUAAUAAAAGAAAUGAAUUCUGCCAAAGAGAAAUAUAAAGAAGCCUUAGCCAAAGGGAAGGAAACAGAAAAGGCCAAGGAGCGCUAUGACAAAGCUACAAUGAAGCUUCAUAUACUCCAUAAUCAGUACGUACUGGCACUGAAGGGGGCUCAGCUCCAUCAGAGUCAGUACUAUGAUACCACACUUCCUCUGCUGCUGGACUCCGUGCAAAAGAUGCAAGAAGAAAUGAUAAAAGCACUAAAAGGUAUAUUUGAUGAAUAUAGCCAGAUAACCAGCCUUGUUACAGAGGAAAUAGUGAAUGUUCACAAGGAGAUUCAAAUGUCUGUUGAACAGAUAGAUCCUAGCACCGAAUAUAAUAAUUUCAUAGAUGUUCACAGAACAACAGCUGCUAAAGAACAAGAAAUUGAAUUUGAUACUUCCCUAUUAGAAGAAAAUGAAAAUCUUCAGGCAAAUGAGAUCAUGUGGAAUAAUUUAACAGCAGACAGUUUGCAAGUAAUGUUGAAGACUUUAGCAGAAGAGCUCACACAGACCCAGCAGAUGCUUUUACACAAGGAGGCUGCGGUCCUGGAGCUAGAGAAGAGGAUUGAUGAAUCUUCUGAGACCUGUGAAAAGAAGUCUGACAUUGUGCUUCUUCUGGGCCAAAAACAGGCUCUUGAAGAGUUGAAGCAGUCAGUCCAGCAAUUGAGAUGCACUGAGGCAAAGUGUGCAGCACAAAAAGAAUUGCUGGAGCAAAAAGUACAGGAAAAUGAUGGGAAAGAACCACCUCCUGUGGUGAAUUACGAAGAAGAUGCACGGUCAGUCACAUCCAUGGAGAGAAAGGAGAGACUAUCCAAAUUUGAAUCUAUUCGUCAUUCAAUUGCUGGGAUAAUUAAGUCUCCAAAAUCGGUACUCGGCUCUUCAUCACUCUCUGAUGUGAUCUCUGUGGGUGAGAAGCCCCUGGCGGAGCAUGACUGGUACCAUGGCGCUAUCCCCCGGAUAGAGGCACAAGAACUCCUGAAGCAGCAAGGAGACUUCCUGGUGCGAGAGAGCCAUGGGAAACCUGGUGAAUAUGUCCUUUCUGUAUAUUCUGACGGACAAAGGAGGCACUUUAUCAUACAAUUUGUUGAUAAUCUAUAUCGAUUCGAGGGCACUGGGUUUUCAAACAUCCCUCAACUUAUAGAUCACCACUUCAUUACCAAACAAGUCAUCACCAAGAAGUCUGGGGUGGUUCUGCUGAAUCCUAUUCCAAAGGAUAAGAAAUGGAUUCUCAAUCAUGAAGAUGUUUCAUUGGGAGAAUUACUGGGCAAGGGGAAUUUUGGUGAAGUGUAUAAGGGCACACUAAAGGAUAAAACUCCUGUUGCUGUUAAAACAUGCAAGGAAGACCUUCCUCAGGAAUUAAAAAUAAAGUUUCUACAGGAAGCCAAAAUUCUCAAGCAAUAUGAUCACCCUAAUAUUGUCAAACUUAUAGGCGUGUGCACACAAAGACAGCCUGUCUACAUCAUUAUGGAACUGGUCCCAGGAGGGGAUUUUCUGUCCUUUCUGAGGAAGAGGAAGGACGAACUAAAGCUGAAGCAGUUGGUGAAGUUUUCCUUGGACGUUGCUGCUGGCAUGUUAUAUCUGGAGAGUAAAAACUGUAUUCACAGGGACCUGGCUGCACGGAACUGCCUGGUAGGUGAAAAUAAUACUCUGAAAAUUAGUGACUUCGGAAUGUCUCGGCAAGAAGACGGUGGAGUGUAUUCAUCUUCUGGCUUAAAGCAGAUUCCCAUUAAAUGGACAGCACCGGAAGCUCUUAAUUAUGGGAGAUACAGUUCUGAAAGUGAUGUGUGGAGUUUCGGCAUCCUCCUCUGGGAGACCUUCAGCCUAGGAGUCUGUCCGUACCCUGGAAUGACAAACCAGCAAGCACGAGAACAAGUGGAGAGAGGAUACCGGAUGUCAGCCCCACAGAACUGUCCAGAGGAGAUUUUUACAAUCAUGCUGAAGUGUUGGGAUUACAAGCCUGAAAACCGCCCAAAGUUCAACGACCUUCACAAAGAGCUCACUGCCAUCAAGAAGAAGAUCACAUAGUGCCAGCCAGGGCUAGCCGUCACCAGGACUCUGUCCUCAAUCACCCAAACUUUAUACCACCUUACUGCAACCAUCUUUGAAGGUUAUGUUUUUUAUUAACUGAGUUUUUAAAGUAUGUUCCACUUUAAACUAUGUUAAAGGCAAAUUUAUUCAAGAAAUAAAUAGUCCUACCCAGGGCUGUAUUAGCUAACCACAGCAACCCUGCCAUUUGAUACCACUGUAAAGAGAAAAGCACAGGCCUAACAGGAAAGGUAAAAGGUCUAUCUUUAAUACCGAGGACCAUUGGUGUUCUGCCAAGGCUUUCUACUCCAGGCACAGCCUGUGGGCUGCUGUCUUCUGCUGCAGGCCCUCCCCGGUUGGUGCUAUAAACAGCCUUCAUAGCGCAUGCUUGCAGGACACGUGCCCACCACAGUUGGCUCUCCACUCUGCCAAGGCGAGAUUGUAUCUAUAAAUAUAAUCAUAUAUUGGGA